AUGAAUCCAACAUCAGGCCAAUCAAACCCUCAUCAAACCACAUUUCCACCUUUUCACUAUCAUGUACCAGCGGGCCAUCCUCAAGUCACACCCUACCAUCAAGCAGUCAAUCGACUUUAUGACACCAUGCCUGCUCAACAUCAUUACUUUCCUCCAGACACCCCCUACCAUCCAGCAGUUCAUCAACGGUACGAAACCACUCCCACCACAGCACCACCAAAUCUGUAUCCUGUACCAAUUGGGCAACCUCAACACACCCCCAACCCCAAUCACUUGUUUCACGGUGAUCCUCCACCUUUAAAUCUUACAGUUUCACCUUCACAUCACAAUCUCUUGCUAUACCAACAAUCACACCCUAACCCAUCUCCCCCACAUCUUAAUGCCACAAGCUCUGAGGUGUCAAAGUAUGCUAAUCGCCGUAAAGAAAAUCUAUCACUUCCACCCUCAUCAACUAGCUACAACCUUCUCCAAAACUAUCAGCACAAUUCAAGCUCAUCUAAACGAGCACGCCAUACGCUUCUAACUGACAAAGACUCCAAUUUAAAUUACAACAGCAAGGGUGAGGAUGAUGAUGGGAAUGAAGGCAAACAAAACAACUAUGAAUUUCCUGACGACCACUCGGAGGAUCCCUUUGCUAAAGAUGACGAUGACGCAUCAUCUGAAGAUCUUCCGCUAGAGGACUCGUUCAACCAACGUAGCAGGCAGAACACCCCUAGUACUGCCUCCAAAACUCCUGGGAUGCUCAAUGCAACUGACUUUGCUAUGUUUCAACAAAUUACGUCCCAGUUCGCUAUCCAAAAAGAAGAUAUUACCCGCGUGCAACAUGAACCCGAAGCACGUAGACGAGACCUUGCCGUGGUAUGUAUGGUAGCUGAGAUGAUAGGUCAUGUCCGUGAUCUAAAGGCCCUUGUACAAUCUGGUCCUUCUACUGGGAGCCAGACGACUACGAUGCCUGUCACAAUUGUUCAUGAUGAGUGGAAGGAUAGUGAAAAACUACGAAACAUGAUAAGAACCCGCAUCCAGAAAUCCAUCGGUCAAUCAAAGACCGAAUCAUAUAACGGUAAUUUAACUAAAAAAGCUCAGCCAGUCGAGUUCUCACUUGAGAAGCGGGUGAUGAACUACCUUUGUAAACAUGCAAACGACGAAUUCAACCUUGCUCACCUCCCUCUGGACUUCUGCAAAGGCAAUGUCAAGUCCAUCCAGCUUACUCUCAAGGUCAUCAAAAAGAUAGCCACCUAUCAACACAGUGUGUUUUGGGAGAAGAUCCUCACCAACCUAUUGAUGAAGAAUAGGACUCGAUCUGGCGCAGUCCCGAGUCUCAAGGGGCUAAUCAGCAUGAUUGUCCGUAGCCGAAACCCUGACGUCGAUUAUCGCACAGACGAUCAGAUCUAUGCCAAAACUUCAUUAGAGGACAAACUUUGUUAUGCGUUGAUUCGUAUAAUUGGUAUCCAGUAUCUCCGCACCCCCACCAUCGCGAUCGAUGGCCAAAAACAACAUCGGCCAAAGUCGAUGUGGGUUUGGGGUGAUAGACAGUUGGUGGCGUUGUCAAAAGACCCCAAAGAAGGGUGUGCUCGGUUUUAUGAAAUCCUCAUGGAUCUUGAUAAAGAAUUCGACGGGUUGCGCAGUUUAUCUACCAUCGAAGAGCAGACAGGGCGCAAACUCCAACUACCUCGACAUAUGACGUACACGCUCCCCGAUGUGAAAGAUCAACAACCAGUAGUGACAAGAGACAAUUUAGUAGAAGAAGAAGAAGAAGAUUUAGAGGAAGAAGAAGAUUUAGAGGACGAUGAUGAUGUAGAGGAAAAUCAUCAACAAUAG